AGGGUAAAUGUUUAUUAUCGCAUUGUUUCCACAGGAUUUGAUAUCAUAUAUGUAAUUACAAGUACAUCUUGAUAAACUGAGUCACCGACAUAUCUCAAUGACCUCAUGGGGUGUGACAGCCACGUGAACUCCGAAGGAAAGGUGCGAGCUAACGCGACGUCCAUUCUCAUCCUAUUCCGAUAGUUGCAGCAAAAGAAUUAACACUGAUUAAGUCUUGCAGAGAUUAUUUGGCUUUUCGAGCACUUUUCAAGUAUACCAUUUUAGCGAAUUGCAUGUAUAUAUUCUGCACACUAUACAGCAUUAUAAAAAUGCCACUGGCGCUGAAGUCGAUUACUUAUAGCUGUCGGAAUUUUUAUUAUAAGCUUACUGGAUCCGGUCAACCGGUUAUUUCAAUAUACACGUACGUUCUCCCUGCGAUUAAUCUGGGCACUGGACAGUUCGGGGUCUCAUCCCACUGCAGUUAUAUAUUUUACCAGUUCUUUCCCAACAAUUUCACGACUUUUACCACAAUCAAUAUUGUUUAUCAACAAUUUAGCUAAUAACAAUUAACAUCAUCUCAUUUUCAUUGGCUUACAUGAUAGGGUUGUCGUCUGCGUGAGGGUAAAUCGAUUGUUUCCUGUAACGAAAUCUUUCCUCUGGAAUUAAGAUUUGUACGUAGUGAAUAUCAUUAGUCUACACUGUGAUACUGUGGUGUUCAUUGCGGAUACUCUUCAUAUACUAUUUCGUUCCUUUUUCCCCCACUUUGAAAUUAUCUCGUGCGUGGAGACCUGGGCAAGCGCCAAAGGGUGAAAAGAUACUGCCGACAAGCUGAUCACCUAAAUGUUUAUCACUGUCUAAGAUCGUUGAUUUCAUAUAUAAAAAAAACCAACUUUCGAUGGUGUUGAAGCUGUUGUUACUAUCUCAUACUGUCCAAAAUGAUAGACAAUUAUACGCUGUGCAUUGACCAUUGCAGAAUUACCUGCGAUUUGUGCUACCAAAGUUCCUUUAGAUGGCGAUAGGAAAAAAUUCUUAAAUGAGGAAAUGACUAUAUAUGUCAUUAUCAGCAUGGCUACCCUAUUCCUGACGGACAGGGCAUGCGCAAUGACUACCGAGUACAGUGUGAUGCUUGAUGCCGGAAGUAGUAGUACUAAACUCAGGGUGUAUUCAUGGCCUGAGCGAAGGUCCACUUCAUCAACAUUUUUCAUCACAGAAAAACACUACAAAAGAAUAAAGCCAGCGUUGAGUUCAUUUCAGGAUAGCUUAGAAUCACUUCCGGAUUACAUUCGGAAUUUGACCUCGAUUGCCGAGUCGCAAGUGCCUUUCCAUUGUCAUAACAAAACUCAUAUUUAUCUCCUUGCAACUGCAGGUCUUCGAUUCUUGAAAGAGGAAAAGGCUAGGAAUUUGAUGGAUACUGUUCGAAAUGUGUUGUCUGACAAAAGAAACCACAAUUUCAUAUACAGCGAAAGAAGCGUCCGAAUUCUCUCUGGUGAGGAGGAAGGUGUGUUCGCUUGGAUUACCGCAAACUACCAUAUUGGAUUCUUCUCUUCUAAUCAAUCCUUGUCGAAAGCGGUUGGGGUCCUAGAAAUGGGAGGUGGAUCGACGCAGAUCACCUUUUCACCGGACGGACCUCUCCUAGCUCACAUGUUUACACUCCGAAUCGCGGGGCGUAUCUUCAAUCUCUACUCACACAGUUAUCUAAAUUUUGGACAGGAUUAUAUGGACAAACGAAUAAAAGAUUUUCUUAUUGAACGAAAUCCGCUGGUUACGGUGAUCUCUAAUCCGUGUGCAUUAAAAAAUGACAAUUACACAUACGAUUCUGAAGACAAAACUGUGAUAUUCCUGGGGUCUAGUUCUCCCUCUGAGUGCCUUAAUAUCAUAUCAAUAUUCCUUCAAAAAUCUCACAGCACUUGCUAUCCUAAGCCAUGUGCAAUAGGCUCCAUUUAUCAGCCUUCCAUUGGUUCCGAUAUAUUCUAUGCCACUGUAGGUUUUGCCUUUACUGCAGCAGAUCUAAAUGCUACAGACUCUUUAGGAAGGCUCGAUAUCAACAAACUAAACAAAACCGCACAUAUAUAUUGUAGCAAGACUAUAGAGUAUGCAACAUCAGUGUAUAAAGUACCACAAGAGUAUGGUUCUAUCACCUGUAUGACGGCGUUGUAUAUCACCGAGUUGCUGACUUUCUCAUACGGGUUCCCGGUGAACACAAACAGGAUUUAUUCUUCACGGAAAAUUAAUGGCAAAUCUUUAGGCUGGCCUUUUGGCGCUGUGUUGUACGAGGCAGAACUUAUGUCCAGAGACUACCCCUGUCCUCCGAUUUCCUCCACAAUUAGCGCAGCGAUAUCGCAGCAAGUCUCCAUUCUCACUCUACUAGAACCGCUUCUCCUCUACUGUUUGUUUUCUUUUCAUCUAAGUCUCUAAUAAAAUAUGAUCAAUAGUAUACACUUACGUUAAUUCGACAUCGGUCAAUUUCUGCAGCAGCCACGGUUUACGUGGAAUUGACAGUGGUCUAUUGUAAAUAUAGAUAUACAAUCUUCUUAUUUACUGUAUUAUACUUGUGCAGUUUUAGAAUAAAAUAUAUAAUUGUAUUAAU